UUAUCCUCUGUCAGAUCUUGCCAAACAGCCAAGCAUCAAAACCAAAACCAAUAAAAUGGACUAAACCCCGUAAUAUGAACCAGAAAAAGUGCCACGUAGAGCCGAAUCCUCCCGUACCGCCACCAGACCCAUGCACGCUACAGAAGAUCAAACAGAAGGAGGCAGCUGGAAUAACGAUAUGUCCUAAAGACCCUAUACCUGAACCUGAACCAGCACCUCCCUGCUUGGCAGUCUGUAUUGAAAGGGUGAAGAAUCCACCGAUCCCCCCUACUCCUCCUUUUCCGAUAGUUUGCCCUGUUGAGAGAGACCCUACUGGCACUGCAAGGUGUGACGCUAUAUACAACGCCGACGCUGAGCAGCCUGACCUUCCGUGGCCUGGUUGUCCACCACAGCCCCCUCUACCCCCACCACCAGAGAUAGACCCUUGUGAACUACAGAGAAGAAAAGAGAAGAAAGCCGAAUGUAAAGAAAGAAUGAAACGAUACCUCGAAUAGCCAUGGACCAGUUUACAACUACCCCGAGCAGUUCCGACGUAGACCUCCUGAUUGAAAAGUUUAAGGUCGAGGUUACUAGGAGCAUCGACGAAGCAAGUUCAGAUACGAGAAAACUUACAUUGACAUCUACAUUCCUAAAACCUAAAACUUCAGAAAUGAGUAACAACAUUGAUAAGCAAAUAACUGAUUUGGAGAAUAUAAUAAAGAAGCUACAAGAUGAAAUCACUGAAAUGGCCAAAAACGCUGAUCGUGAAGUAGAAUAUACUCCAAUAAUGUCCGAAGAUCCUAGCAGAGUUAGACAAGGUUUGAGUAAUGAGACAAUCAUUUUAGAUAACAACUCUGAUAAUAUUGAGGAAACGGAAAGUGUGAGAGACGCAAUGAAAGGGAAAGAGAGCAAAAACUGUUUUGAGUCUGAACAGUACAACCACGUAUUUCCACUGAUGAUUCGUGAUGUUUUACUGCCUUUUGAUGGUGGUCUGACAACUUGUGAGCAUACCAUUAACGAUUUAAGAAGUUUAGAUGGGUCUGAAAAGUUCUUAACUAUAAAACAAGAUGUUAUAGACGUUUGGAAUGGUCUGCCAGAUUACACACCGAAGGACAAUUUGGAAGUACGCAUUUGUGAAUUACAACAAGAAAUAACUGAUCAAAUGGAAACACUAAAAGAUAACAUUGAAGAAUCCAGCGACCAGUUUCAUGAUGCCUAAUAAAACUCUACACAUGUA